AUGUCUUACCAUGUUAUUCAUCAACCGAUUCAUUCAAAUCCAACUAGUUCUUCCAAUUCAAUAACGACAACAGUUCCGACGUUGCAAUUCAUGCCACGUUAUCAUUAUUCGCGAAUGGCUCCAAAUACUUCCGAAGUAUUUCUAGCAGACAAUCCUUCAAAUGGACAUUCAAGAAAACUCUCACCUCCGCCGUCAACAACAGUGAUGACGACGACGACGACGAGCAAUAACGCGACGAAUUUACCUGGAUCUUUUACGUCAACAUUCAUUCCGUUUGUAAGCAGUAAUCGAACUGGCACGCCCACAAUGCGCGAAUUCAUUCAGAUACCAGUCAAUCGAGAAGAUGGAGGAAUAACAGUUCAAACGAAUAAUCUCAUCCGGUCAGUCCCGAUUACGUACAUUACAGAAACAAAUCCAUUNUGA